AUGUCAGCCAAUGGGAGCACAGAAAGCGGCUGCAGGUCAGAGGUCAAACCCUCCAACAGCAUCUGCAGCCAGAAGGAACUGUCCGUCACCGCCUCCGUCAUCUCCAUGACUGUUGGCAUCGUCUCCAACAGCCUGGCUCUCUUCAUCCUGGUCAAAUCCUACAACCGCAUCCGGAUCAAGUCCAAGGCGUCCUUCCUGCUGUUUGCCAGCAGCCUGGUGAUUACAGACCUGCUGGGCCACCUCAUCAACGGUUCCCUGGUGCUUUUCGUCUACAGCUCCCAGAAGAAAUGGGAGACCUUCGACCCUCAUCGCAUCGUGUGCAGCGUCUUUGGCAUGUGCAUGGUGUUCUUCGGCCUGAGCCCCCUGUUCCUGGGCAGCGUCAUGGCAGUGGAGCGCUGCAUCGGAGUCACCAGGCCCAUCUUCCAUUCCACCAUGCUGGUUUCCCGCCACAUGAAACGACUGCUGGGGCUCACCUGGCUGCUCGCUGCCCUGGUGGCUGUGCUGCCUGUGCUGCUGUGGAGGCCCUACAAGGUUCAGAGCUCCAGGAGUUGGUGCUUCUUCCCCAUGGAGCAGCCCAAAGACUGGCUAGAUGUGCUCCUGCCCCUGCUCUUCUCAAUGCUGGGGCUUCUGGCGCUGCUGCUCUCUAUCGUGUGCAAUACACUAACGAGUUGUGUGCUGCUGCAGGCCAGACUGCGACGCAAACAUCACUGCAGAGGAACGUCGUACCACAUAGAGAUGAUCUGGCAGCUCCUGGGGAUCAUGUUAGUGUCCUGCGUUUGCUGGGGCCCAUUAUUGAUCCAUGUCAUCAUCCUGAGCACCAGAGCCAGAGACGAGUCCACGUCCUUCAGCCUGCUGACUGUGGUUCGUAUGGCCACGUGGAACCAGAUCCUGGACCCGUGGGUCUACAUCCUGCUGAGGAAAGCCGUCCUCAGGAAAAUCUUCCUGUUGUGUCCCAGCUGCUGGGACUCAAAGUCUCAUAACCUGCACCGCUGGCAGCGCAGUAUGCUCUGCAGCUCGGUGGAGAAGAACAACCCAUCCGACUGCCUCGGCAGGAUGCCUCUGCCAGACGCUGCCAUCAAAUCCAUCACCUGAAGUCUCGACUGAAGGUUUCAACCUGAGAAACAGGAGGAGGCUGUGAAGGAGAGGAAUACUGCACAAAUACAUGAAGAAGGGUCUAUUUCCAUGUCACAUUUGCAAAAAUAAUCACCAUGAACUUGCAGUUUUGUGAUGCAUUCUGUAAUGUGGGAUUCACUUUUUUACAGGUCUCUGCCACCCAAAAUGAGAACUUUUUAUUCCACCCAAAUGAACUCGCACGACUGUGGUUCUUUGAGUAAUGUGGGAUUAACUCUCGUUCCACCCGAACAGUACUUUCUAACAAGCAAGUUUUUGUUUUACAGUUCUUUAUCACCCAAAAUGCUACGGUCUAUCAAGCACCUUUAUUUUAAAAGGUUUAUUCCACCAAAGAAGUGCUUUUUAAUGAACAAAUUAUGGCUUUAAAGGUCCAUAUUACCCAAAAUACUAUUGUCUGUCCGAGUACAUAGAGUUUUAAAGGUUGAUUUUACCCAAAUAAUACUUUCUAACAAAUGAAUUUUAAAAGUUUAUACCACCCAAAAUACCACUUUCUGUCCAUGUACUUACUUUUUUCAUCCAAAUAGUACUUUUUAAACAAACAAGUUAUGGUUUUAAAAGUCUCUACCACCCAGAAUACCAGUGUCUGUUUAUGGCACCCAAAUAGUACUUUCUAAUAGGUAAAAUAUGUUUUUUAAAAGUCUACACCAACCAAAACACUUCUAUCUGUAAAACUACUUUUUAUUUCACCCAAAUGGCCUAAACAGUUUCGUGGUACACUGUGUAUUGUGGCUUCAACUUUUUGUUCUUUACUUUCUGCAUCAAAACAAAAUCUGACAUUUUCAAGCUCAGAAAAAAACAGUCACAAAUCAAUGUCAGACAUUCUUAUAUUCAGCUUUUCUUUUUUGGAACAGUUGCUGUUUUUGUUUUGAAUACUGCUGAGAUUUUCACAUGGCAGCUCCAACAUUGUCUUGUACUGAUAUUUAUUGAAUAUGUUACGCUGCAUGUUCACCUCACAUGUGAAUGAUGAUGAUGUGAAUUCUGUUGUGAUGAUUUAUUUCUCUGGAUUAUAAUAUGAACACUGUCCAGCAGCAGAGUGGGAAGUAUUAUGUAAAAUAACUCAAUCUGCAGAAAUAUUUACCUGUAAAUGACACAAACUGUUUUAAAUAACAUUAAUGUGAUGACUGGAGUCCACUGUGGGGCUUUUUGUAGCCAGAAUAGUGCAGUUUUUCAGUAUAAUCAUGACAGAAGUUCAUCUCAGUGGUCUGCUGGUAGAUACAUUAUUACUUUGUACAUGUGACAUUUUGCAUCAGCGCUUCUGUAUGAUUUCGUGAUUUUUCACAAAAUGUUUCCGAUGUGGUUGCCUUGACCUGUGUAAUAAAAGUGGAAAAACAAAAUAAUGUUCUGCUCUAAUAAGUAGCAGUCGUAUUAUCAUCUGCUUGGCUGAAGUGUGGUACCCAAAUCAUCAUUAACAGCAUUAUAAUUUUUCUAGUCCUGAUGCAUCUUAUGAGGUUGAUAUAAUUCAAAAGU